AUGCGGCGAGUGAGGCAGCGCCUGCGCAGCCGACUGCGCGCCGAUGUGCGGCUCGGCAGCGUGAAGGCCUUCGGGGACCUUCUGACAAGGCUGCACCGUGACGUGGCAGAGUCCGUCAAGCUCCCACUCUCCCGCAUUUUCCGGAGCUACACGUACACGAUGAACGCGUUCGGAGCGCGGUUGACGCCGAAGCAGGUCCACAAGCUCCGGCGACACGCGGCGGUCGCGAUGGUGCGACCGGAUAGGCUGGUGCAGCAGCGGACAGUGCAUGUGCCGACGUUUCUGGAGCUGCCCGCGACGCUCUGGGGCAGCAAUGGCGGGCAGAAGAAGGCGGGCGAGGGGAUGAUUAUCGGCGUGGUGGACUCGGGGAUCUGGCCGGAGCACCCUUCGUUCGACGACGCGGGCUACGGGCCGAUCCCCGCGCGGUGGUCGGGGCUGUGCAUGAAUACGAGUGACUUCAACGGCGCGUGCAACCGCAAGGUGAUCGGCGCGCGCACGUACAGCGCGGGGCUCAAGACGGCGGACGUGCCCAUCGACUUCUCCGCGGAUUACGCGUCGCCGCGCGACAACAACGGCCAUGGCUCCUGGUGCUCCGGCGCCGCAGCGGGCAACGCGGGAAUCCAGGUGCGCAUCGGCGGAACCUCGUACGGGGCCGCGUCGGGGAUCGCGCCGCGCGCGCGCAUCGCGAUGUACAAGGCGAUGUGGAAGCUGGUGGGGUACGAGGGCGCCUCGGGCGCCAUGAGUGACGUGUACGCAGCCGUCGAUCAGGCCGUAUCGGACGGCGUGGAUGUGGUCUCCAUCUCCGUGGGCGGCGGGCUCGGGAGCUACUUUGAUGACGUCACGUUCGUGACGGCGGCUAAGGCGGGGGUGUUUGCGGCGCUGGCGGCGGGCAACCAGGGCAUGCCGCCGCUGUCGCCGUCCGUGUUCGCGACGAUCGACAACUACUCGCCCUUCUACCUCACCGUCGGCGCCAGGUGCGGUACUCCUCCUUCCCCUUCUUCUCCCCGUCUUGCUUACCCACAUCCUCCCUCUGCUCUGGUCUGCACCGUAUCCAUUACUUUCCUCCCACCCGCCCUAUACCAUCCUGAAGUGUCCUUUUGUUCUGUCUCUCACCGCAUUGCCCCCAUGUCCCCAUCCUCACCGCCUUCCGUCUUCUUCCCUUCCCCACCUCUUCUCCCCUUCUCCCCUUCUCCCCUUCUCCCCUUCACCCCUUCUCCCCUUCUCCCCUUCUCCCCUUCUCCCCUUCACCCCUUCUCCCCUUCUCCCCUUCUCCCCUUCUCCCCUUCUACCCCACCCUUCCCCCCUCUCCCCCUGUUCCUCCGCCUCAGCGGCACAGACCGGCGGUACAUGGCAACGCUGACGCUGGGGAACGGGGUGCAGCUGCGGGGGCUCAGUUGGGGCGGCACCAACAAGCAGAUGACGCUCGUUGACGGCUCUUCCGCCGUCAAGCCCUUUGCCAGCGCCACCAAGCUUGUGGGAGGACCCGGAGAAGGCUUUCCUGACCCGUCUUCUCCCCCCCCGCACCUGCAGGCGCGCCUGUGCUACUCCACGUCGCUGACGCCCUCCAAGGCGCGCCUGUGCUACUCCACGUUGCUGACGCCGCCCAAGGUGGCGGGCAAGAUCCUGGCGCGCCUGUGCUACUCGACUUCGCUCACAGCCUCCAAGGUGGCGGGAAAGAUACUGGUGUGCGCGCGGGGCGAGAACACGCUGGGGGACAAGCUGCAGGCGGCCACAGCCGCGGGCGCAGCAGCGCUGGUGAUCGCGAACGUGGCGGGUGGGGUGAACAACACGGUAUUCCUGCGCGCGGCUAUCCCGGUGAUUCAUCUCAACGCGACGGCGUCGGAGGCGCUGCUGAAAUACAUAUCCAUGGGCAGGGCCACAGCCCGUCUGUCUGCACCAUACGGAGUGGACAAUUUCCUUGCGCCCAUCAUUGCAGACUUCUCCUCCAGGGGACCCGUCACCAACCCCGCGCUGCCUCCCAGCCCUGGGAUCGCCACGAACGACAUCUUAAAGCCCGAUGUGGUGGGCCCGGGAGUUAACCUCUGGGGCCCGUGGCGCGCGCAGUUCCCGACUUCAGAUCCGAAUAACUUUGGGUUGCUGUCUGGGACGUCCAUGGCUACUCCGCAGAUGGCUGGGAUCGCCCUGCUGAUGCUGCAGAAACACCCUGACUGGACACCUGCUCAGGUGAUUUCAGCAAUGAUGUCGACUGCGACGCUGAGGACGAACCAGGGCGGGCCGAUACCAGCAGGAGAGACAGGGAGUUUUGCUUCGCCGUGGGACAUGGGCGCUGGGCACAUCAACCCUAGGAAGGUGCUGGAUCCGGGGUUGACUUAUAAUGCAGGGAACAGGGAUUUUGCGAAUUUUCUGGCCGGGCAGGAUGCGGGGAAAGCAGCAGGGCUGUUUUCCAGUCUUGGGAAUCUGAGCCCGAUUCCAGCGUACAACCUUAACAGGGCUUCGAUUUCAGUGUCGCGGUUGAAGAAAACGGUUACGGUGGUAAGGACAGUGACAAAUGUGGGGAAUUCCAUGUCGACAUAUCGAGCAACGGUGGUGCCGCCUAGUACUGCCUCGGUGUCAGUACGGCCUAGUGAGUUCAGUAUACCACAGGGCGGGUCGGUGACCUAUAAGGUGACGAUCACACCUAAAAAGGUAACCAACAGUUUCUCGUUUGGGAGCAUAACGUGGAAGGACAAGCAGGGGCAUGCUGUGCGGUCGGUGAUUGCUGUUCAAACCAUCUCGUGA